AUGAAGGUCAGCUUCACGAAAAGGCCUUUCAGAGGCAAUUUAAAGGCCUUUGCGGAGCUGUCAGACGAACUGGCUGCAAGGCUGGUACGCGCAGGACACCUGAAGGUGGGUUGGGUGUCCUGCCAUGUAAGUAAAAGGAUAGAGGCCAUGAAAUGCUACCGCUGCCCAGGCUUUGGUCACAUGGCAGCGAAAUGCGAGGGUCCAGACAGGACCAAAUCAUGCUGGCGAUGCGGAAAAGAAGGAAGCAAAGCUGUAGCAUGCGAAAGCACACCGCAGUGCUACCUCUGCGUCGCAAAUGGAGAUGCGCCACUGACAGACCAUCGUUUGGGUACAAGGAGUUGCUUGGCGUUCAGAGAGGCAGCCUCGUUGAAGAAGCCUCUUGGACUUUCAAUCUAA